AUGUGGUGGUUCUUCCGCUUUAUCUCCAGCUCCAUCUUCCUGCUGAGCAUCGUUCUUUCCAUACCAGUCGCCUUCGAUGUUGGCGGCAGAGACAGCGGCUUAGCCUACAGUCUAGCAUUGUUUGGCUUCUACUUCGUGCUCUCUACUGUUGCGGCGGCGACGCCAGCCACGUCAAGAGUCCGCUGGACCAUAUCUCAUCUACUACGGCUCUCACAGUGGAUUGUCCUUCCCGCCUUGUUAAUAUGGGCACUGGGGCGCUUUGCCGUCGAUGCUGGGAGCAGUAACUGGGUCGAGAGGACCCUUCAAGGCCUCGCGACAUCCAAGUCCACCACAUGGAACGAAUGGGUGUUUGGCGAGAAUGGUGUUCUCGAGUUCCUGACCCUGGGGGGCUGGGAUAAUACUUUGCGGUACUCGAGCCCUGUGUUUCAGCUGAUGGAGGGCUUCUGCAGCUUGUUGGUCAUCCAGGCAGCUGGCCAGAUCACGAGGUGGCUUGUUCAUCGGGGUCGCAGCGAUACGUGGAUGAUUAUUUUAUUGGUGCUGUCCGGUGGCAUCAUCGCAAGCGCGCUGUACUUCCUGUGGCGUGUCGCACACUUCCCUUCGAUCAGCAACAUUGACGGAGCGCUCAUCGGAGUCACCAUGACAUCCGCCUUUUUCCUUUGUGCAUACGGUAUCCACAGCGGACGAGGGAAUGUUGUCGAAUCCUCACUACUGUUCGCAUACGUGGUGCUCUGUGUCUACCAGAUCUUCACUGAUUAUCUGCCGUCGCCGGACGCGGCCGAAGCAGAGGGUCAGGCAUCGGCAGAACCCGACUUUCCACCCUUGCCACCUAUCAUCAUGGCAUCUUAUUCGACACUUCUCCACAUGUUGGGCUCGCUCCCAUCGGCCGUUCACUCGUCUCUCACCCUGCUUUAUGCCGCUUUCCAAACGAUUACCCCAUCCGCUAUCAUUUCGCUAACCUUCCGCCUCUUCGUCUUUUACUGCGCCACCCGCAUCAUCCCUGCGGUGCGUGAGUCUGGCGCUCGCGCAUUGAUGGAACAGCCUAGCGAGGAGGAAUCGGACGCUGUUAACCGACUCUUGGGGCUUGCCUCAUAUUUCUCGCCAUCGAUCUUAAUCGCCAUGUACACCAGUCUUCUGCUUCAGCACUUUAACACCGAUGACGGCCCGGAUGGUUGGAGUCUACGUGGGAACGAUGCUGGAGGAAACGUCUGGCGAUGGAUCAACAUUGCUGCGACCAUGUCAUUAUAUGCGAUUGAGCUGUAUCUGGGCAGCGAUGAUCCAGAGAGCGGCCUCACAAACCACUGGAAGAUGGACUAA